CGCAUAAUAUUGUUCCAAUCAAAUAGCCGCUUGUAUUCGGAUUUCGUUGUUUUAAAAACGUACAAUUUUUUUUGACAAUAAUUGAAUAAUAGUAAUUGUUAGUUGUUUUUCUACAUAAUUUAUUAAUAAGACUGAUGACACUGAUGAAAAAGUACUGAAAUUUGUCUACAUUCAAUAGUAUAUAGUCAACACUUCGUAAGAAACUAAUAGGAAUAAUAAUAAUCAAUCAAUUUGUGAACCAGUACUAAUGGAAUCAAUCGACUUCAAAAACGAAAGUAACAGAUUGGCUACAUUUACUGGUUGGCCGAUAUCGUUCAUCAUUACUCCGAAGAGUUUAGCGUCUGCUGGAUUUUAUUACACCAAACAUACCGAUAAAGUGAAAUGUGCUUUUUGUAAUAUAUGUAUUUGUCGUUGGGAGUUUGGCGAUAAUGCUAUAGAUGAACAUAAACGCCAUAAUCCAAACUGUAAUUUUGUUUUAAGUCAAGAAUGCGGCAAUAUACCCAUAAUUGAAGGAAUUCAGUUGCGUGAAGAAUUUGUAGAAAACCAUAAGGAAUCAGGUGAACCUAUUGACAUACGUGGUUUGGGAGUAAGAGCUCAUAAAGUUGCUUUUCACUUAAAAUAUAAUUCCUAUUGUGCUCGUUUAAAGACAUUCAGAGGCUGGAACAAUGAAUCGCAAAAACCAGAGGAUUUGGCCUGUGCUGGAUUUUUCUUUACAGGAAGCAAUGACGAAGUACGCUGUUAUUAUUGUGAUGGUGGUCUUCAAAACUGGGAAUUAGCUGAUAAUCCGUGGGUUGAGCAUGCCAAAUGGUUUCCAAAUUGUGACUUCUUAAACUUAGUUAAAGGAGAAAAGUUUCUUGAUUUAAGUUUAGUGGAGCGAUUUAAUGCACUUCUAAAUAGACCUCGAUCUGAUGAUACAACAUCAACGUCACAAGAUAGUCAAGCGGUUAGUAUUCAUCAAACGGACAAUAUAGCGCCAAAUGAUCCUGGUUCUUCAGGCAGACGCCGUGCUGAGGUAACUGACCAACAAAUCGAUGAACUAAUGUUAGCUUCUCCAGCGAUAAUGGCACUGGAGUUGGGUUUGCAGCCUUCUCAAGUAAGACAAGCAAUAAGAAGUAAUAUGCAAGAAAUUGGACGACCCUUCAGAUCGAUGGACAGUUUUAUUCAACAAGUUUUGACCCAAAAUCAGACUUUUCCCACUGAUGGGGAUUCUAUGACUUUGGAAGAUAUACUCCGUAGAGAGGGUCCAUCAAUUAGAACAAAUACCAACCAACAUCAUGAGGGUUCAUCCGAAGAAUCUGAUGAUAGUGAUGGAGGCAGUGAUUUUGAACUGAGAAGUUUGCCUUCUAGUUCUAGUUUAGAAGAAGAAAUAAUACUACCACAGUCGUUAGAAAUAAAUAAUUUAAUUAGCUCAAAUAAUAGUAACAUUCAUAGUACUCCAGAACCUGACCUUGGCAGGAUUAUUAUUUCUGACGCUACACAACCUAGUGAAAUUAAGAAUAGAGAAGCAGAAGAAGUCACUUCAGAACUAAUACAACCUCAAAGUUCAAAAUUAUCUCAGUCAGAUUUAGAGGAGGAAAACCGUCGUUUAAAAGAAGCUCGCCUCUGUAAAAUUUGUCUAGAUCGAGAACUGGGUGUUGUUAUGUUACCAUGUGCUCAUUUAGUUGCAUGCAUAACUUGUGCAUCCAGUUUGCCAGACUGUCCAUUGUGUCGACAAACCAUUAAAGCCACAGUUCGCACAUUCCUUUCGUAAUGCGGAUAAUUUACCUGUUAAGAAUUAUUCAAUAAGCACCUAAUGUACGGGUUAUUGGGUAUGACAAGAUUAAUUCAUACAAUUUGUGAGAUGUUUCCAGCGCUGUUUAUAUUAUAAUGUUAACCCAAAAAAAAUUAUAUUUGAAGUUAAAAAAAAAUUGUUUGCAGCACUUGCCAAAGUGAAUUAGUUUUAUAUUUUGAUAUUUGUACAAUGUUUCCACAUUAUAGAUGGUACUGAUUUCGUAUAAAAAAUAUAGUGCAAUUGAAAAGUAUGUAAGUAUAAUACAUUUUUAUUACA